UUACAAUCCCAGAAAGAUCUUGACAGAGUUGUUUUUAUUACCUUAUCUCCUCACAGCAUAUUAAGAAAAGAAUCAACGACUGCAAUAAGAAAAGAAACUUCAUAUAUCAAAGAAUUUCAAGAACGAUGUUGGCAACUUCUUCUGAGCAAAAAACCGAAAAAAAGUAAAAAUCCGUUCGAAUGGAUCAAGUAGGAGUUAAGUUAAUGAGUGCCGGCAGAUCAUCUUCUUAUGAUCAAAGGGUUGUAGCAAUAUGUUUGGCACUUGUUGCAGUAGUGUCACCAGUAUAUGUUGACAGGAUGAAAAUGUUUAACGAGGUGGUUGAGCUCGAGGAUGAACCGGCCGGCAUCCUGAGCAGCAUCAUCUCAGCUUUCUCCUAUCUUCUGCUUCCUCUGUUGCUAUUGAUGCUCAUCGUGUCCAUAUCCGUGUCGCGUUACCUGGUGGAUGAUGAACGAAGCGUUUCCAGGUUUGAUCCAAACUGGAUUCACAGGGUCUGUGGUUCAUCCACUGGGAUCAUUAUUCUGCUUCUGAUUCUCUCAAUGGUUUUGAGGUUCAAAUAUUUUUAAUGAUAUAGCAGAUUAAUUGACCGAGGGGAUCAUCAAUUUCAUCAUUCUUCUUAGUUCUUAUUCCCUCUGGAUCAUUUGCUCGGUUGUAGUGGUUACAGCUUGAAAGAAACUCUUCAUCUUGAUCUCAUAUCCAUGGUCACGCAUGAAUUUUAUAUCCUAAGAUGACCCUUCUCGUUCAACAUUGAAAAUGGAGGUAACAAAUACAAUGCAGUUACAUUUGGCUCACAAAAGUGUAAAAAUUUGGAUAUGUGUUUCUCGUGAACUCAAUUAGUGUUGUUAAGAUCCUUUGCCUUAGGAUCAACUCGACAUUAGUCAGAAUUAUAUAUUCUCUCUGUCCCAAAAUUAUUGUUCAGUUUGAAAUUUUACUUUUAGUACAUUUUAAACUAAAAAUGAAAAUCGAAACUGGGUAAUAAUUUUAGAACGGGAGAAUAUGGUUUUUAGUAUUACGGAAGAUAUUUUACCCAUUCAGACAAUGUUUUCUCUGAGAUAAUGUGUUAGGAUGAUUUGCCGCGAUUUUGCCGUAGGCAGGAAAAGAUUGUCGUGCGAAUAAUGCGAGAAUUAUGCAUGAAUGGCCAACAUCUUAUUUUUCCUUUUCCGCUUUAACACAAC